CAUUCCAAAACAUGGACCUAAGAUUGUUUGACGCCGCUCAAACUGGAAACAUCAGCUACUUUCACCAAUUGUUAGCAGAGAAUCCUCUAAUCCUCCACAACACUUCCCUAUUCUCCACUUAUAAUCCACUGCAUAUCGCUUCAUCAACCGGGCACGUUGACUUUGUUAAGGAGAUUCUCAGGUUAAAACCUGAAUUUUCCGAUGAAGUUAAUCAAGAUGGAUUUAGCCCCAUGCACAUAGCUGCUGCAAAUGGGCAUGUAGAGAUUGUAAAGGAGCUUAUGAAAGUUGACAAGAAACUUUGCCGGGUGGAGGGCAGAGACAAGAAAACACCUCUUCAUCAUGCAGCUAUUAAAGGAAAGGUUGACGUUAUCAGUGAAAUUGUUUUGUGUGAUGCUGAUUGUUUAGAAGAUUUGAGUGUUCAAAGAGAGAAUGCAUUGCAUCUUGCUGUCAUGAAUAACCAGUUUCAAGCCACAAGGGUGCUACUGGAUUUGGCAAGGGAGCUGAAGAAGGAACAUGUCUUGAACAUGAGAGAUGAAUAUGGCAAUACAGUCCUGCACCUUGCUACCUGGAAAAAACAACGCCAGAUAAUAGAAUUGUUGAUUGGAAAAGGAACCACUAACUCUCAAGUUUUGGAAGUAAAUGCCAUUAACAAGACUCAUCUCACUGCCCUGGAUUUACUAAUGAUUUUCCCAAGUGAAGCCGGUGACAGGGAAAUUGAGGAGAUCCUCAGGGGGGCUGGAGCUCUAAGAGCAAAAGACAUUGCUGUCUCUGCCAACCCUUCCAUCGAAUCCAGCGAUUCUGCUGCGAACACACCUGCAGCACCCCGGCGGAGUCAAUCCAGAUUAAAGGAUACACUUGAGUACUUCAAGUUCAAAAAAGGCAGAGACUCGCCAAGCGAAGCCCGUAGUACACUGUUGGUUAUAGCCAUUUUGGUAGCAACCGCAACCUUCCAAGCAGGGCUCAGUCCUCCAGGAGGUGUUUGGCAAGAUCACAAUCUUCCUGGCAGAAACAGUAGCACCAGCAUUGACAAAGAACACUUUGCAGGGUGGUCUAUUAUGGGCACAGCCAGUGGAAUUACAUUUGUCCUCUUUGUUCUCUUCAACUCAAUUGGGUUUUCAGUGUCUCUUUUCAUGAUCAAUAUCCUUACCAGAGAUUUCCCUCUGCAGUUUGAGCUUCAGAUCUGCAUGGUUGCUAUGUAUUUCACAUACAGCACAGCAAUGUCAGUCAUUGCGCCUGAAAGUUUAAAGCUCUUCAUCAUUAUAUUCACCUCUAUCUAUCCAACCUUUACACCGGUUCUAACAAGUUUCCUUAAACUGCUGAUCAAGAAACUUGCCGAUGAGGUAAAAGUUGUUUGGAAAGUGAUCCCGUUGAAUUUCAGAUGGAGGGAAAGCAGAGUUGUGAACUGGACUCUGUAGUUUUUUUUGUUUCAUUCUAUAAAUUCUGAAUACUACCAAGGAACUCAGAAGUGCAGCUGUCUCUGUGAUUAGAGGCAAAAGAUUGCUUUCAUGCCACCAUACUCGGAUGGAAAUAAGUCACUUUUCCAGGAACUUAUCAAGUAAAUUGCUUUAGCAGGAUGUCGAACAGAUAAGAAAACAUACACUCACAUUGGACACUGUUAGGUUAGGCCACGAACAUUCUUCUUCUUCUUCUUCUUCAUCUUCCUGUUCACAUAUAUACAGGCCUUUAUACUAAAGCUUGAAUUCCGGACAGAAGAAAUUACUUAUCAAGCAACUAUUGCACAGAGUUACCAAU